GACCACUGAGUGAAUAAUAUAUUCCGCAUUAUUAAUAUAUUAUGAUAGUCUUUCUUAAAGUCUUAAAUUAUUUUCAACACAUUUAACUUCUGAGUCUGUGAGCCUACAAAAUGUUUUAUGGGCUAUUUGCCCCAGAUCUGCUGAACGUGUGGUUUCAUGAUGUACGUUCAUCUUCAUAGUUCUGACUGCACAAGCAUUAAAUUGUUGCGGUCUCUAAUGUGUUACUUCCUAAUUCAACUAUUGUGUGAGACUCGUCUCUUCUCUCACUCUCGCUGUAAUGGAGUUGUUCAUCUUCAUAGUUUUUCAGCUUCUUAUGGAGGUUCAGACUUACAAAUCUCCUGCUGUAAAAGUAUCUCCAGAAGUCCUAACAGAGUCCAGCUCAGUGACGAUAAGAUGUGAGACGCCAGAAGGUCCACCAGUGUAUCAGUGUUUCUACAUAACAGAAGAGAAGGGUAUAAAACAGAAUUGGAAGUGUGAACUGGAGCUCACUGGUGAUGAAGUGCUCAGAUGGGCAGAUGUAAAAUCACCAGCAUCAGUCGACAUUUACUGCUUCUACACAAUAAAAGAGAACGGGAUUAUUAAACCAUCACCUCAUUCUCCUGCGGCCACAGUGACGGUUCGAGUUUCAACAACAGCCUCCACUGAACAUACAAGUACAACAGCCUCCACUGCACAUACGACUACAACAGUCUCCACUGAACAUACAAGUACAACAGCCUCCACUGCACAUAUGACUACAACAGCCUCCACUGAACAUACAAGUACAACAGCCAUGACAACCUCAUUAACUGUAAGGUCCACUUCUGACACUGCAAAAUACAGUAAAGCUGUUGAUCUCAAGACAAACCUGCCAACAAACACAACAAAUAAAACCAUGUACACAUGGCUUAUAGUGCUCGUUUCCACUUGUGUCGGUGUCUUUUUGACUGGAUUCGUCUGUCUAUGUUGGUUUGCAAGUAAAAAACGAAGAAAACACAAAAAAAUAAGAUUAAUAAAUUCAGAUGAGCCCAGUCAAGGAAUUGGUAUGGUCCAAAGUUGUUCUGGACCUGCAGAGACAUAUUCUCUAAUCACUUCUGUACCAGCCAGAUCUCAGCCAAUCUCUGUAGACCUCGAACACCCCGAGUCCCAUCAGAACAGCACACCAGAUCCCACAGCGGCUUACUCUUCCAUUACGACUGCGAAUUCAAUUUACUCAGAAGUUUCCGUCAAUACUCAACAGAAAGAGGACAAUACAGAGGAAAAUGAGAUUGUUUACCACCUGUACUGCACGAUCCCUGACAAACCAGUUCCCUCAAACGCCGGAGAUCAAGUCUACAGUUUGGUGAAGAUGCACUGACGAGUCUCAAGUCGUGUUUCAUUAUGUACAUUCAUUAUAAAUAAAGUCAUUUAGUCCAAAAGGUCUGUUCAGAAUAAACAUGAAGUACUGUUGGCAAUAUAUAGUGAAUGAGGAUGUGCAAUGCUGUAGCCUUUAAAAAUAUCACAUUCAUCCAAUCAGUGACCCUGACAUCGUAAAUAAGGAGGUUUACCCAAUAUACAGUGCAAAACAGCAGUUUAUAAAUACCCAUUAAUCGUUAACCCAGGUUAAAGUGUGAAACGUGAAGCAAAAUUACCCAGGACUCAGUUUACCCAGGGUUAAGAAUGACCCAGUCUUAACUAUUUCAAGUAUGAAAAGUUUUAAAGAGCAAAAUGAAUAGCUCCUCAAACCUUUUUCAAUGAGAGUAAAACGUUUUUGCAUUGAUUUGUACCUGGUACCACGAAAACGAGCACUAUUUUAUAACAGAGAUGUCAAGGUUAUGCUCAGUUUUGGAUUCAUUUUCCUAGUGUUCAGUUCCUGUUUAGUUCUGCCUUUAUCUUGUUAGUUUUCCUUUGUUCUCAGUUUCCCGCCACUAGUUUGUCACCAUGGUUUUUCAUUAAUGAAUCACCUGUUUGUAUUCAGUUCAUUAUCUUGUAUAUUUAAGCCCAGUUUCUUCUGUUCGUGGUCAGGUGACAUUUUGUGUUCACACUGUUAUGUUAUUCUUGGAUUAUUGCCUUUGAUUUGUUUUAUUGAAGAUAAUUAACCUAUUUUACGCUAUCUUCCUUGUCGUCAUCGUUUGUGGAGCUACCCGUGACAGAGAACAGUUAUAACACAUGGAUUCAAACCUUUAAUGUUAAUUUCCAAAAUGUUGGUUAAAUAAGAUUAAAUGUAUAGCCUAAUAUUUUAUACAUAAAUAAUAUAGUAUUUAAAACUGUAUUUAU